AUGGCUGAAUUCCUUGGUAAAGAAUAUAAAGGUGCUGAUGCGAUCGCGAUAGUUAAUAAAGUUGAAACCGGAAAAUAUAUAAGUGAUUUCAAGAAGGAUAAGCCAGGUACCCCCGCCAGUCGCCUUACUGAUGAUAGAAUUAAUGAUUAUUAUUUUGUUGUUCCAAGUGGUACAAGAAAACCAGCCGGCGAUGCUGCUGCCGAAUAUAAUACUAAAUUAGCGAUAAAGGAUCAUUUAGUUCCUAAUCUAGUUAAGGCUGCUAAAAUUGAUAAUAACACUAGUUUACCCGACCUAAAAAUCAAUGCAAAAGCAGAUGCAACAAAAAAAUAUGCUGAUACUAAAUACAAUGAAUUAAAAACUAAACUUGCUACUAAGGCUAAAAGCGAAUUAGACAAGGAAAUUGACAAGAUAGGAGCUGAUGCAGAAAAGACUGCGAUGAAAAGUAAAAUGACGGACACUGAUCCUCAAAAGAUGUUAGAUGCUCUUGAAAUUAUGCAAAAGUUUGUUGAAGUUAAAGAUGCUCAAACAACCGAUGCUACUAAGUUAACUGAACUAACAGCUCUUCAAACUAAACUUGGAGAUGGUAAAAAAAAAAGUAAAGAGUUAAAACAAAGUAAUGAUGUUCAAGAUGCUUUAAAUGAUGGUUAUGCUGGAAAGGAUAAAAGUACAAUUGUAGUUGCAAUUGUAGCUAAGAUUACUGGUAAUAAUUUCACUCCUGAGGAAAAACAAGCAUAUGCUGAGGAGAUAGCUCCUCGAUUACUUGCAGUUAAAGCUUUGAGUGGAAAUAGUAGUACUGAUGCCCUAGAAUUAAUUAGAAUACUUAAAUAUAAUAAAUUUCAUUUUCUUGCUAGCGAAAAUUUAAAAGAUAGUGAGGCUGAUAAAUUAGAUGAAGAUAUAAGGAAAUUGAAUGAGUAUAUUAGUGGAAGUGGUAGUCAACAUACUUUGUUUGAUGGACUUAGUCAAGAUGAUAAAGAUGCUAUUACAAAAUUAAGAACCGAAAUGCAAUCAAGGGUUGAUAAGAUGCGUGAAGCACUAAAAGAAAAACCGGGCGAUACUCCAGAUUUUUCACCUUGA